AUGAAGCAAGAGCUGAAGGUGAGAGUUGAAACCAGGGGCUGCUGGCUGCUGCAUCAAGGACUCCGUGCUGUUGGUGAACACUGACAUGAAGGAUUUCAUUGAAUUGGAGCUCUCUCUCUGGAGACGGUGAAUGGUCGCUCACACUCUCGGGGGAUCUGAGAGUUAUUGAAGGGUUACUCAGCACUGUGUGUUACAGCAGCUGAAGUCAGGUGGACAACUUCUGGAACUUGUAGUAACUUUGAGAUGGUUGACGCCAGCUCCUUGAACGUUAAAAGUAGUUUUAUGAAGAAGUGAGGGCAGAUCCCAACAUGUCUGUUAUCUUAUUCCCUGCCUCACCUACAGUGGCCCUAAGGUGCAAAACACAACGGCAUAAAACAAAAGAGAAAACACAACAGCAAAUCAGAAAACACAACGACAUGAACCAUUGUGGUUUCUUUAUUGUGUUGUGUUUUCUAAUUUGCUGUUGUGUUUUCUCUCAUUUGUUGUUGUGUUUUCUCUUUUUCUGUUUUGUGUUUUCAUAUUUGCCGUUGUGUUUUCUCUUUUUCUGUUUUGUGUUUUUAAUAUUUGCUGUUGUGUUUUUUCUUUUUGUGUUGUGUUUUUCUGAUUUGCCGUUGUGUUUUGCACCUCAGGGCCACCGUACUCAUCUGCCAGUUUGAGCUACAACUUUUGGUUUAGGAAUCUGUAUGAUUUUAAAGAGGUGUAGCUUUUAAAGAACAGAGAAUAAUCCCCAGUGACUACAUAUUCUAGAAUUUCUUUUAAGUCCUAUUUCUGUGUUAUUCUCAGUGUAAAAUUGUGUAACUUAAAUGGCAUUACAUUUGCAUACAAGACAAAUAAACUUUGAAGAAAAAAUUAGACAAAUACAUAUUUCUUAUUUCAUUGGAUACUAUCCUAUCCUACUCCUCUGUUCUAGCUGCAUGCUGCAGAAUCAACUGUUUUGUGGCAUUGUCUACAACCAAGAGUCAGGGCAAGUUUUUCACAGACUAAAAUGUAGUAUUUUUUCAGAAGAAGACUCGUUAAUCAACAAUGAGGCCAAAUCACCAAACAGAAAAACAAAGAAUUUUCCACUCCGUCGUAGAGGUAGGUGCAAUUCAUCGAUGUGUCGAUGCACCGCAAUCUUCACGUGCAAUUCUGCAUCGAUUAAUUGACAUUGAUGCUUAAAAAAAUAAUAAUUAUAAUAAAGCAAAUUCUUCUCUGCCGCAUGGUUGGAACAAAAAAAAAAAAAAAAAAAACAUGUAACCGUAUCCUUAUCGCACACACUGCCCAGGCUGUUUAGUGAGUUGGACCACAACAAACAGAGCAGGUUAGUUUCUUUGCAAAAUGGCAACGACUUCAGCAGCCUCCUAAGAGUGACGGAUUCUCUCGCUACUGGUGUUGACUGCAACCGUGUGGAAGUACUUAGGAUUUUAUGAGCGAGCAAACAAGAUGACUGACCUACGCGAUUUGCAAGAUUUGCAAAGCAAAAAUAAAGUACCUCAGCAACACCACAAACUUGAGGCAGCACCUUGUAGGCUUUUAUCACGAAACUUCUCCAAACUUCCCAGCUGAAGUUAAGUAGGUCGAAGUGCAAAUGUUUACAGAACAGUCAUAGAAUAUUUUGCGUCUUCGAAAAAUAGAAGUCAAAUGUUCAAAAAACCUUAUUUACUUAUUGAGUGUAGCUUUAGAGGAACCGAGUUAAUUGAUAGACUAUUUAUUUACAAAUGUAUCCACAUAUGAAGACAAAAUCAAUCUUGUCUGGAAAAAAACAUUUAAAAAAAUGGCAAUAAUCGAAGAAUAGUAGCACCAAUAAUAAAAUCGAAUCGACAAUCAUUACAAUCUAAGAAUCAAAGCUCCCACAGUCAAAUCCAAUCAUGAGGUUCCCUUGUUGGAGCACCCCUACUCCAUCCAUGUGGGUCACUAAGAACAUAUACGUAUCUAACCUCACACCAUUUGGCAGCUACUGUACCUACACUUCAUCAAACUGACUGAAACACACUCAAAUCAGCCAAACGGUAACCUCAUGUUGUACUGACUGAAGACUCAGCUUGUUGUUGAUCACAUUACCUGCUCACUGUGUUAUUUCCUGCACAUCUCUGGUGUAUCACACCAAAUUUCAGGUAAACAGAUAAAGAUAAGAGGCGAGAAACACAUGAAACACAUGAUAAAGCCUUCAUGUAUGUUGUGCCCGACUAGCUGUUUGAAUGCAAAUCAGCAUCACAGUGCUCACAGGUGAUUAGUAUGCUGGUAUUAUCCAUACUCUUAAGGUCAUUAGAACAGAUAAACACAUGCAGCACAUUUCCUGAAUGCUUAAUGCUGCAUUGUCUGCUUUCUCUCCGGGCAGAGACAGCUGUGAAAUGUUCCUCAACAGGCCCCAGUCUCAUAAUAUUUCCAUUUAAACGCCAGGACAAAGAAUACCAAACUGCAGUGUUAUUCAGAGAGAUGAGCAGGCUUUAGGCUGACAAGAUUAGCUUCUUUAUCCUCUGCCUCCUACUUCACUCUCUGUGUCAUGGUGCCUCAAUAAGCCUUUCCUACAGCUUUUUCCGGAGUCGUCCUAAACUGUGGAUUCUACUCUGCACCCCGAGGCGACAUCAGAGCCAAUCUCCUUCUGAUUGCAUGACAUCAGACACGUUAGACCAUUUUGCAGCAUCACCGCGGAGUAGAAAUUAUCCGAAUGUGAUCUUCAUCUCAACAGGUUACAAGCUAACAAGAAUCAGAUGGAUCCGUCCCAGAAUGCUUGUAGUUCUUGGAGAGGCACUCGUAUCAUUGUCACAUUUAACACUCCGCCGCUGUUACCCCUGAUAUCUGAAUAAGUAAGGGCCUAUGGCUCUCAGCAUGAAUAUGAAAGAAUGUAAUGUGAGAUUUCACAUAAAACAUGUAAUCCAUCCCCAACAUGGGAAGCGCCAUGAGUAAUGCAUGCGGAACACAAUCAUAUGCAAAAUGUGUUCAAUCUCUUUGAGCCGUACAAAAGAAAUGGUGUCCCUUCAACCGUACUCUGCACCAGCAUUUCAUUUUCUCAUGAACAUUACUUUUAAUCUUUCUCUACAGUGAUUAAAGAACCUGUGAAAGUCCCAAGCAUGAGUGCGAAAGGCGAACCAAAUUGAUGCACAUUACUUUAAAAUAAGAAAGACAGAAGGUUAGCCUGUAAUAAUCUGAGCUGCUGUUACAGAGAAACAGACUUCAUGUAUUUCUAGCUUGGUUCAGGGCCGCUAAAAUACUUCCAAUUAGGGCUGUCAUUACAUGAGAUUUUCAACUCAAGAUUAUCUUGGCCACAAAUACAUUUCUUUUGGAAACUUUUUAUGUUAAUUUCAGUUGAUUGUAAGUCACAGAACUGAAUGAAAACAGUUAAAAUGACAAUUAGAAAGGAAAAAUGUUCAGUUGAUCCAUAACUUAAAGAGAUGAAACUCUAUUCAAAUCUAUUUUGGAAUAACAUUUAAUCUUCAACAUUAGUUUUAAAAUUGCCUGAUCAUCUCUCAGAGGGCUGCUUCAGCUAGCUUAUUAGCAGUCUGCUACUUCUUCUUCAUCUGUCUUCCACUUUAUGACAUGAAGUAACCAGCAUAAAGGACCGUUUCUAUUUGAUUAUUAGCUCAAUAUGACAAUGACUUUAGAAAAACAGUAUUUUGAUGAGUAUUUCUUGAGAAGAGUAACCCCUAAUUUCCACCGCAACCGGAACGGCUACGAAAAUGCUGUAUCUGCGGAUCGAAGCUGAUUGUAACCAUUUAAGUUAAUGUGUCAACCUCCACCGGCUUCUUUCCGUUCCACUGUGGAUCAGCUGACUCCACAGCCGAUCACAAGAGUUCUAUUUUUUCACAGUUAAGUCCGUGCUGGAAAGGAAGUCGGGCACAGACACAAAAUAAAACAUCCGGCUUCUUUUCAAAAUAAAACCUUAUGUGUUUCAGGCAGAUCGUAUUUCACACCAUGCAAACGGGCGAGGACAAACAAGUGAAAGGUUUUUAGACAGUAUUUCACCCCAAUGACACCAUCGAUGAGGAGAUGCUGAUUCUAGAAGUCUAGAAGUAGAUUUCCUCCUCCGGAAAGACACAAUCUACUGCUUACAUGGUUAUGUGGCUGUCUUCAUAGAGACAACUCGUUAACACGCAACUGCAUGUGAAUAUACAGGUUGUGAGCAAUUCCCGCUGUCCAAAAUCCGCCACGAAAUUCACAAACGGAUCCGGUAGGAAUUGGUAGACAGCAAAAAUUGCCGCCGUUCCAGAUCUGAGCCAUUCCGAAUGUGGUGGAAAUAGUGCUGGACGAUAAUUCGAUAACAAUAUAUAUCGAUCGAUAGACGUGUCGUGCGAUAGAAAAAAAACGGGUCAAUAAAAAGUUCGAUAGAAAAACACAGUUUCCCUUUCUUUUUCAUCAUAGCCUAUCAUGUAGCUUUUACUACAGUCAUUACUUCCUCCCAACCAAUCACAAACGCAGACCCAGGUAUGCUACGGCACCAAGCCCAGCCCCUCUCAAACCACAACAGACAGCACGUGUAUUAGAAAUAAUGUUACAGCAAGGAGAAGCGGAGGAAAUUGUCCCGAAAAAAGGUUUCAGUAGUUCACCAGCAUGGCAGUGUUUUGGUUUUUACAAGUCUGACAAAAAGCGAACAGCGGUCGUUUGCAAAAUUUGCAGAGAAUUAGUAAAAACCAAGUCUGGUAACACAACCAACUUGUUCUACCAUCUAAACCGAUCGCACCCGCAGGAGUACGAGCUGUGUCGGCCGCGCCGCGGCUCCACGUCGUCGUCGGAGGAAUCCUCUGGAACCGCUGCCAGCACCAGCACAAAGCAAGUGAAGCAGACCAAACUGGACUGUGUUUCUUGCCAAAACUACAACAAAGCGUCCAAGCGGCAUAAGGACAUCACCCAUGCAGUAACAUGCUUCAUAGCGAGGGACAUACUGCCAAUAACUACCGUUGAAAAGCCUGGCUUCGACCAGCUUCUAGCCACUCUCGACCCGCGAUUGAAGUGCCCGGCCGCAAGUAUUUCUCAAACACAGCGCUUCAGGCAUGAAAAUGGGUCAGGGGUUGAAAAGCUGAGAACGGUGCGGAGGAAAUACGUUCCGGUGUUGUGCUGUAGAAUGCACCCCUGCAUCCCGUCCACUCAUUAGCUUCUUAAAGUGGAAGAAAAUGAGCUCAUAUUUUAUAAAGACGCGAGUAUUUGGAUCAUGGCUACUAGCAGGGGGUGCGUUCGGCAGGGGUGCAUUCUACGACACAACACCGGCGUGGAUAAGUCCUGCUUCUCGUGCUCAGUUUGCGUAUUAAGUCAAUCACAUGAUAAUUAAAAUAAAUAAAUCUCCCGACCCCGGGAGAAAUAUUUCAGUGUUCAGACACCAGGCUGUGGGCAGUUUCUCACACAGUUAAAACUGGUAGUAUGCUAUUCCCACCUAAAGCUAUUCUGUUUAUUUAUAUAUUUGUUUGUUUUGUUUAUUUUCAUCAAAAGACUAUUUAAAUAUUUAUUUAUCAGAUUUUCUGGUCACUUUAGUCUUUAUGUUUGUCAGUAUUUACUGACGUCACUCAGGCCACUUAAGUUGAUUUCUUUUUUUUUUUUUUAAGUUCUUUUUUAAAAAACUUUCAGUUGUGGUAAAAAAGAAUAAAAAGGUGGUUGAAUAAAGGUUUGAAUUUGAUUUCAGUGCUUGUGUGUUCUUUAUUAAAAGUAGGUCAUUAAGCAAUAGCAUAAAACAUCCAGGGCUGCAAUUAAAAUAUAUGUUAAAUAAUUAUAAUAAUUAUAUCGAUAAUUAUCGAUAUCGAUCAAUAUGAUUUAUUUUUUAUCGAUAUGCUUUUUUUCUAUAUCGUCCAGGCCUAGGUGGAAAUUGGGGGUUAGUAGUAGAGCGUGGCCUCAAAUCAAUAUCACUAAUGAUACAACAUGUUUCUUCAAUCAAGUUAAUGAGGGUCUGCUCUGUUUUGUUUUAGAUUUGCCCUCAGAGUUCACUGCCAAGGUUUGCACAGUUAUCAUUAAAUGUGAGGCAUUUUUGAAAUUGGUGUAUCUUACAUUUUAAUCUCUAGAUGUUCUGGAUGUUUUUUUAUUCAUUUAUAGCUUACAACCUCUUUAACAUCGUUAACUGAAUUAAACAAAAACAGAAAUAACUGAAGAGCACGAUUUCAUCUGUUAGAGACUCUUCAUGUUGGCUCUGAUUAAACUGCAGCCCUCGUUUGCGGUGUAGUGGUCGUGAUGGAUGGCACAUAUAGCAGGAAAGAAGAGGCGGACUUCUGUGGCAACAAUACAGGUCUCGACUGCAUGUAAGCGCUAAGGUGUAAAGUUUUUAAGACCACCGCUUUUAGGUCUUAACUUGCUCUCUCUUUACUUUAUCUCGGAGUAGAUCAACCUGCUCUUUUCUCGCCUUUGCCUGGGGCAGUUUGGGAUAACUGUAGAUCUGUUUUUUCAUCAAAGCUUUUAGGUACUGUUUGACAUAAAAUAACAGGGAUUAUACCUUGGUAUGGAAGAUUCUGACAAUCUUAACUCUUCAAUCUUCUCUAGUUAAACAAAAGAGGUGUCUUGGGCAUCACUGAUAGCAUGUGUCUGAGAAUGAAGUUGACGAUCACAGAUCAGGUUAAAAUCUGUAUUUUUCUAAGGUUGGAGAAUAAUUUCUGUUCGUAUUAGGGUGACUAUUUUCUCAAGGUUCGGGGAGCUCUAUUUUCACGGUUUUAUUAAUAAGCAUGCUUCCAUGGUGACAGAGCAACAGUGUUUAUACUGCUCUCUUGAAAAGUCCCGAGCUGAUUGGGAAAGAGGAAGAGAAACCUCUCCUCAGUGUUUAAUGUUCAUCUGCUCCAAUGUCAACUGACCUCCCCUCAAGCCCCUAUCAUGACUGCUCCAUCUGCUGGAGGUCUCUCCCUCUUAGAUAGGAGUGUAAGUCAUUUUGGGUCAGUUGCUGAAAGACUGAUACUGCUGCUCUUCUUGGAAGGUCAGGCUCUUAAACGAGGUAACGUAGACUCUGUAGUAAAAGAUGCCACUGGAGAGAGAGUAAGAGAGUGCAGACUUGGUUCUUGGUUCUCUUCUGGUGGGGAUGCAUGCUCUCCUCAGUGCUUGUGGGUUCCUUCAUGAUUCUUUCAUGGUUUUAGGUUUCCAAUUGCUGAGCUUAACCAAGUGUGUCUUGCUUUUCACCGGGUGCAUGUGGGGCUCUUCUACAGGCAGGUUAGACCCGAGGCUUGCUCAGUGGCACAUAUGACCUGUAGCUGAAGGCGUUCCACGAGAGAAUGGAAUUAAUUGGUGCUGAAUUAACCAUGUUUGAAGAAUGCUUAUGAAGCUUUUUCUAAAAAUAUAUUUCAACUGUAUUUACCCGAGUCGAAGAAGCCGACGGGUAGUGAAGUGACACAUUUUACACCAAGCAUUACAGACACUGUGGUAGUGUUAGUUGAGGAUUGAUAUAAACACAUAGACUGUUUAUACUAUGGACAACUUGGCUCGGUCGUUACAUAAAUUUUAAGCUGAAUUGCUCUCAGUAUUUCUGGGACGUCCUCCACUUCACGGAACCACCGCUUGCACAGUAACGUUGUACGCAUUCGGCGGGAGAGUCUCUGAGAUGACGCUCUGCUCAAACAGCGUAUCCCCUGAGUGAUCUAUGCAAUCUUCGUAUGCCCAUAGGCUGUAUCAAGUGUCAAUCAUAGAAAAAUGACCCCCUACUUACUUUUAAAAAUGGAGCUGCACAGAAAAAAAGAGCACUUGAGCUAGGGGUGACCAUAUUCUGAAUCCCCCAAAAAGACAACACAACUACGUCACGGAGUUGCGUGUGGUAAAUGUUGAGAGGUUUUUUUUGGUUUGAGUCGACUGUUUUUUUACACGCUUCUAACUCAGUAAGUCCAUGUGACACAAACUCAAAACUUCCACUCAAAACCCCAGACAUUUGAAGGAUUUUAUAUAAAAGCCCCCAGCCCCCCAAAAGAGGACAUGUCCAGAUAAAAGAGGUAUGGUCACUGUACCUGAGCACAAACCAGUCUGACAAUAACUACGUUAAGAUCGCAACCAGGGGGAGAAAAAUUUACAUUCUGUGUAAUUAAUUUCUAAAGUUUGUCCACAACUCUAUAGGGAUUAGUGAAGGAGGCGGGAUUUAUAACCUACACUGCAGCCCAUCACCAGAGGGCGCUGUUCUCGUGGUGGCUUCACCCAGCGAGGAGGCUUCCUCUGUAUUUAUUAAAGUCUAUGUAUAAACACAAAUAGAAGUGUUUUUGGUUAGAUAUACUGCUUCAUUUAAGAAUCAAAAAAAUCUAUUUUGGCUUUCUGUUAAAUGUUAUUACUACCUUUCCAGAUGGACUCAGAUUCGAUCGUAUUUUGGCCUCUAAAAAGGCUGUGCAGAAAUGUGAGUUUCACUUUUUGUGUAAUGAAUUGUGGCAUUGGCUGUCACAGCAACAACUUCACACCUAAAAGUACAAAGUCACCUGACACAGAAGUUAUUGCCCUGUCCUAGAAUAUCUGCCCUUUUAAACCCUGUCUUUACAGGGGAGCAGGCUGCACAUCAGCUUCUCUGACCUACCUAAAAAUGUGUUGACCUCCAUCUCAGGCACCAGGCAUCACAAAUAUUUGGCUUCCAAGAAAUGAUAUAAAAAGAGAAAAGUGGGGUUUCACAAUUUUCUAUUUACUGAAGCUCCAGAGGAGGAGGGAGUCCCAGUGUGUGUUCAUUUCCUUGAUCCCAUCACUGUUUGUACUCUUACAUCUGAAGACCAGUCAAUAAUGUGCGCUGACCUCCAGUCAGUCUGAAGCACACAGUAAGAUUAGCAAGGGAGGCCCUGGAUGAUGCAACACUGCUGGAGGAAAGCUGUCUGUUUACAUCUGCCUCUGGUAUCAAGUCAGAAAAUUCCAGACAUAAAAUCACUGAACAAUACAGAAAAGCUUUUUUAUGUCUCCUUUUUAGCAAUUUCACUCAAUCUCUAUUAAAUCUGAACAUCACAGCCCAGCAUCAACCUUCAAGGCUGAAAAAAGAGCCCAAUCUCAGGUGUAAAAACUACAUUUCCUCUGGAGACAAAUUUGAAAAUGAGUCAGUCCCCAUUAUACUCCAUAUUUAAGUGCUCAACUUUGCAGCAGAACUAAUAUUUUUGAGUCAGGUACAAAACAAGUUUUGGUCUCUUGUGUUGAAUUCAUAAUUCCCUCACUGACUUGAAAAAAGGCAGAAAGUGAUGAAUGAAUUGGGGUGUAGUUGCUUUUCUUGUCUGGUGGGUGCUGAUGAUUUUCUACUCAGUUGAUUCCAGUCACUGAAAUUGACUUCCUCACUCGUUUUUGUUCGUUCCUCCUAGAGUAUUUUGAAGAAAAUAUUAUUUAGGAGUGAUUCAAGAAGACUGUGUUCUAUGGGGGUGAAGAUCUGGUAUUAUUCGAUUUAUGUUAGCACAAAUUGGCAAGCCAAUGACUGUUGGGUUUCUUUCUUUCCAUCUUUUUUAUUUGUUAUAAUUUAUUUCAUUGUUCUGUGUGCCUUUUGCCUAAAAGGUUUGUAUUGUAAACCUGAUCAACUCAUUGGAUCUUCUGUCAAAGACUUUAUCGAGGUGUCCACUGUAGCUAUAGGAGCCAUAUCCUUUAGGAAAUGUCAUCAGUUUUUCCUUCAACCUUUUUGAACCCUCUUUAUACUAGGGCUGUAAUCAACCAAAGAAAUUCUCGGUCGACUAAAACCCUGAAAUUUUGUACCAGAAAUCAACUGUUGAGGGGGCGGGUGGGGGAUUAUGUCAGACUCUGAUGACGUGGCUCGGCAGGAUGAAAAUAUACUGUUAUCAGCACAAGGAGGCAAUUAAACACAUAUAUUCAGCAAACCACUGGACGUUAAUUAACGUGGACACUCUUCAAUCUCCCUGUCUCCAGCCUGGUCUCCAGUGGGUUGGGCGAAUUCAAAAUGGUGAAAACAAGAGGGGGUGUUAUGAGACAGGCAGUUACCUGUGAAACAGGGGUGCUCUGAAAACACCCCCAUUAGCACUUGGUACGUUCCUCCUAUUGAAAUUAACCACAGACUGUAAAUCGGCGCUGAAAAAAGUUAUCGAGUCCACCAAUCAAAAUUUCUGAUUGGAAAUUCAGCACUUAUCAACCAAUAAACCAACCAGUUGACUAUAACUUGACAGCCCUACUUCAUACGAUGCAGCAUUUGAAUGCUACGUACAGCUGCCCUGUAAACGCACUUGUUGCUGGGUACUUUUUGAGCCAUGCACUGGUCAUAUUUAGUAAUGGGAUUUUGCUCCAAGUGCUGAAUCAAAUUAGUGGCAUUACCUUAGACCAUGGAGAGUAUCUUCUAGUCAUAAGCUGUAGAAAGCCAUUAAUGCCUAUUAUCUUUGUUUGCAGCAAAACUGACAGAACACUAACAAUUUGAUUCAACAAAUUAAAUCUGAAUUCUUGAAUUAUCAAUUCAUUUUAUUCUUCCUUUGGGAGAUAACAUUUACUAGUCAGUAGGUAUUUGGGUCUUAAACUUUGACCUCCUCUUGCAGUAUCUUGCUCACCUGGCUGUACGCUCUCUGUUGCUGGGCAGGUGGUGCACAUGGGGUUUCACUGAUUUCCUUUUCCCUGUCUCUGCAGCUGUUGAUAUAAGCAGUGAUACUUGAACCGUGCAAGAUCUGUUGAAAUAUAUGCUGAAAUCAAAUCCGCUGAAGGGAUGAGUAAUUGUUUGUGGGUUGAGAACAAGCAAGUCCAAAUUGGGGACAUUUUUGUAAAGGUUGGUAAAAAUACUGAUCACUCUAGGCUAUGGGUAAAGGGAAGAUUUUCAAGCAAAUGUAGGUGACAUAAAUACAUCAAUUAUUAUAUUUUUCAUCUUAUUUUGGAUACUGGAUCCAACCAUCAUCCCCUGGAUAAAAUUCAAGAUGGAUUUUCAGUCUUAUUUCCCUAAACAAAUGUGUGUUUGGCCACUGAUGAUUAUCUACUAGCUGACAUUUAGUAACUGGCUGCAGCAUUUAAUUAGUAAUGCCAUGUUUGACACCACGGGUCAAGCAUUUGCAUGACAGUGUUCGAUGAGCGUCGGUUCCUUUAGCCCUUUUAGCCUUAAACACUAAAAUCUGUCAAAACACUGUGCUCCAACAGCUCUUAGUCCCAGAACUGCCAUUCUGCUCCUCUGCCUCCACACAUAUCAUCACAAAUUGGUUUCCUGUCACCCACACAGCCCUGAAGCUGGCUGUUGAAAAGGUGAGAAUAAUUAUUUGACCUCUGUUAUGUUGUGUACGAUAAGUAAAGGUCGCUGUAUGAGGGAAAUCCUGCCAAAGUCUAUUAGCAAAAGGCUAUUAUUGAAUUCAUGAGGGUUACGAUUAUGACUCAGAAACCCAAAAGCAAAUUGAGGGUGUACGGGAACGGAGAAAGAAUCACGAAGAAAUCUUAAUGUUGCAUGUGUUUCAAGCGUGAAGAUUAUUGAUUGAUUGUCACUCAGGGUGAGAACUUUAAAUCAUCCUUUAAAACUAUUUACAGGUAAGGUUGGCAGAAUUCCGUUAAAGAAGCAUCUUUUUUGUGGUGUAUACACAAAAAAGCUGUUAAUAUCAGUCAAUAGCUAUUAGUUAUUGAUGACGUUUGGGAAUAUCACGAUAUCGCUGUGUUUUCUUACGCCCGCUCAUUCUGACUGUAAACAAAGCCGUUCUCCGUCUCCCCGACCUGACUGGUUGUGAGGCAGACGCUGCUCCCUCGUGUUGUGAGGCACGCUCCACGCCGUUGAAUGAUGUUCACGAGUCCAAACAAGGUUAGCGUGCAACAAUAUCGGACAGUAGAAACUAACCAAAUGGUACAGAAAAUUGUCUGAAUCCUUGUUUGGCCACGACUGCCAGCACAAGCAAGAAAACAAAGUAAAUAUCAGAGACUCUGGCGGAAUAAUGGGCGCUUAAAAAGGAGGUAGACCGGACAAGAGCUAAAAAGCCGGGUCAACAUCAAUGAGGCAUAAAUGUUUGGGGACGCUUCAGGAUCUUACGGACCCUGUAACCUUUCUGCUAGACAGGUAAACCACCUUAACAAAGUAAGACAAGUGUCUGUAACAGAAGUGUUUUACGUAAAACAGGAACUGCUGUAGCGUGUUGUAGCGCCGCUAAACUGUUGACCUCGGUAGUCUGCUGUUUGCUGGUAGUCUGUUGGCAUCUACAGAAGCACCAAUGCUUUUGACUUUAACGUUGACUGGGCCCCAUUUUUAAUUAUCUGAAGUACUCGCAUACUUAUGUGCAUUAUAUAUGAAUUUAACUUAAACAACAUGAGCGACCACAAGCGUCUGUUUGUGGGCGGGGCUUGCUGGAGCAGAGAGGGAGGGGAGAGGAGGAGCUGAGGGGAAAACUGGUUGGGAGAGGUAGUUUUUUGCGCUGUCUAGACACCAAGGUGGAUGAAAUGUAAUGCAUGUUCUGUAGAUGUAAAAAUUCUCACAGGUUACUUCCUAUCCUCAUGAGUUAAAUCAUCCAGAGUAGAUUGUUUAACUUCCUCAGAUUUUGGUCCACCUGUUUUCAAAGCAAAGCUCUAUCAGUCUCACUCAGGGCCUUCGAUGCGUGCAUAACUUCCAGCAUUUCCAAUCUGCCUCACAGGUCUUCAUGGACGAAAAAUAUAUACUUACGAGAAAACAACUUAAAAGAGGAAAUCAAAUAUUGAUUCCACUCCACAUGAGAGACGUGAUUCUGGAGAGGAUAGACCACAGGCGUCGGAUCUUAAUCAAGUGUCGGGAGAGAUGCAGAGAUGCCAUCUGGUGGUCCAAUUUCAGCCAAGCUGUUAAGAGAAAUGUGUUCUCUCUGCAAGAGGCACAGACCCUGAGAGCCCUGCAAGCCUCUCAUCACAGCACCAGAGGCUGCGCCCCCAUGGUGAAGGAUGGCAAGCUGCUUUGGUGAGUGAAAAACUUGUCCAGAGUUCAGGUCACAUCUGUUUCCAAAGUUUUGCUUGUUUGGUAUGCAAAUGAUGAGUCGCUCUGAGACCACGAGACAAGCUUCCUCUGAGACUGAUAUCAGCGGGCCUUUAUUACCUCCACCGAGGAGGUUAUGUUUUCGGUAGCGUUGGUUUGUUUGUUUGUCUGUUAGCGACUUUACGGAGGAAGUUACUGACAGAUUGACCUGAAAUUUUUACCAGAGGUGCGUCUCUUCUGGAUCCAGGAAUUUUUUGAAGGAUUCUUUAUCAUUGUGAGAUAGGGCAAAUUUUGGAAUUUUUGCAUUUAACUCUAUAAAAAUGGCCAGAGUCUUUAGUAAAAAAUUACACAAAAGGAUCUCAAUGAGUUUUAUGGGGUGUCAAAGGUUGAUCCAGAUCCAGACAAAAUUCCGGAUACUGUGAUCCAGAACACACAAAAAUAAGGGUGUCAUUGGAAUUUUCACUGCUGAAAUAUAAUCAAUGGGCGGCACAGUGGUGUAGUGGUUGGCACUGUCGCCUCAUAGCAAGAAGGUCCUGGGUUCGAAUCCGGGUCAGGGUAUUUCUUGUUUUAGGAACAUUAUGAACAGUGAACAUACCAGUUUUAACACAAAUAAACGUUAAUAAAAGACACGUAACAGUCAAAGUUUUGGUCUGAAUCACAAUAUAAGGGGGGACAUGAGCUGCUUGGCGGAGGUCUGCGCUCUCCGAGUGCUUUUCUAGUUUGAACAUUUCAUUUGUGUGUUUUUUUUUCUUUAACCAAUAUGGUUUAAUGAUAAAUGAUAUGACAGCUGUGGAUUCUUCCCUCCCUGGUACACCAUGAAGUUUGUAAGCUUGAAAGUUUGAGAGAAAAGUUCACAACGAGGCUGAUAUCACGUGGAUCCCAUUAUCAAGCUUUGUUUUUUUGAAGAGAAUACAGAAGAACACCGAGUGGUAUAAUCACCGCCGUCUGACUGCAACAUAUCACCAGAACCUGGAGAUUUUCUCAUUGAGAGAAAUUGGAAAAGAGAAAAUUGUUGACAGCAGUGCUGCAGGAGGAGGAGGUAGAAAACAGAAGGAAGCAAUAUCUUGGUGUCAGAAUUCAAUCUACACUGCAUUCACACACUCAAAUAAACACCCAGACUGACAUGAGAAGUAGUUUCAUGACCAUGAUUGGUUAACACCUUAUUUUGCCCUUUUUUCAGCUUGUACCUGUAACUUUAGGUGCAGAGUGUUGCAAACAUGUGUCCUUGACAGAUUUUUUAUCAUCUCCUUUUGGUAGAAAAUAUAAAGUAAGUGAAAAAAAAAAAAGGUUGUGACUUCUUUAUCAUCAUAUGUUUGCACAUUAUAAAGCAUCUUAUGAUUUGUUUUGGUCUUUAAAUCACAUUUAGAUGAAGUUUCUCUCAACAUACUUUAUUCCCUCCUUCUAACACCUGGCUACCACAGAGAAAAUCUUAAUUUAAUCCUAAACCUACAUGGGGGUGUAUACAUUUAGCUUUUAUUGUGUUGCAAAGUUAAAGUUGUUGCAAUAAACAUCGCUGGUGUGCAACACAAGCAAGAAUUACGUGUGCUAUAGUUAGCUAGCAGCUGAAAGCAUCCCUCCCAGGGGCAAACCCGGUUGUGUUUGCUCUCUGGGACCCUUGAGUUGAUGAGAGGAAUUAUGCUCCACAGUUUCCUCCAAGAUUGCACACUCCUCUAUUGUAAUUUUCUUGAAAAGCGUGACCUGAGUGAACCAGGUUGCUGUCCUGUGGUGGCAGGCUGCUGUUUUGCUGAUGAGUUACUUUACGGCGCUCACACUGAGCAAUUGCCCUCACUUUACCUCUGUGUUGGGAGCGCUCUGUUCGGCUCCCUCAUACACUGAACAUCUGUGAAUGAGAGGUUCAGGCUCCUGUCCAGACAGCGCUCCGAUGCAGAAGAAGAGGAAGAAACCCAAACAUUCAGUCUGCAUGUAUUCUCUCAUAAAAAGGGACAGUGCGGAGCUGUAAAGCUUUAUUGCCCCACUGAGCGUUUAUUGAGCAUGCAUGCUGUUUUUGAAUACCCUUCAUACUCCUACACACAGCACAGCGUGUUUGGCUGGUUUUUCUAAUGCUGCUCACAUAAAAUAUUUAAUCAUUUGGAGACUUUUUUCUGUUAUUUUACUCAGAGGGAUUCAGGGACAUAUGUAAACAUUACCAGAAAAUGCCAGUGUUCAACUUUGAAUCUGGUUUAGCAAGCUUACAUAAACACGAUUGAUAAAGAUGGUUCAUGUUUAGUAUUUGUAUGGAGUACACACUUUCCAUAAAGACAAACACUGCUUCAAAUGGAAAUGUGGGUUUGUAAUGUGUGUAGAUUGUACUACACAGUAAAAGCAGAGCUAUAAAAGAAGGAGAGGAAAGUCAAAACAUAAAAAAGUGUUGCAAAUGAAAGGAGUAAAUCAGGUUGAUAGGAGCUCACGCUGAUCUUCAUUAUUAAGCUGCCGAAGUAUAAGAAGUCUGUCAGAGUCGUGGUGUUAAAACAACUUAGCUUACAAAAAUACUCCAUCUAUAAUAAAAAUAAAUGCAAAAAUAAGUAUCAACUUUGAAUCCUUAUGGAUGGAGAUCAGUCUCCCCUGAUCCCUGAUUGUUUCCACCUGUUCCCCAUUAACCUCAUGUGUCUUAUAGUCGGCGUCUCCCUUUGUCCUGUGCCAAGUGUAGUGCUGGACGAUAAUUCGAUAACAAUAUAUAUCGAUCGAUAGACGUGUGGUGCGAUAGAAAAAAAACGGGUCGAUAAAAAGUUCGAUAGAAAAACACAGUUUCCCUUUCUUUUUCAUCAUAGCCUAUCAUGUAGCUUUUGCUACAGUCAUUACUUCCUCCAAACCAAUCACAAACGCAGACCCAGGUACGCUACGGCACCAAGCCCAGCCCCUCUCAAACCACAACAGACAGCACGUGUAUUAGAAAAAAAUGAUACAGCAAGGAGAAGCGGAGGACAUUGUCCCGAAAAAAGGUUUCAGUAGUUCACCAGCAUGGCAAUGUUUUGGUUUUUAGAAGUCUGACAAAAAGCGAACAGCGGUCGUUUGCAAAAUUUGAAGAGAAUUAGUAAAAACCAAGUCUGGUAACACAACCAACUUGUUUUACCAUCUAAACCGAUCGCACCCGCAGGAGUACGAGCUGUGUCGGCCGCGCCGCGACUCCACGUCGUCGUCGGAGGAAUCCUCUGGAACCGCUGCCAGCACCAGCACAAAGCAAGAGAAGCAGACCAAACUGGACUUUGUUUCUUGCCAAAACUACGACAAAGCGUCCAAGGACAUCACCCAUGCAGUAACAUGCUCCAUAGCGAGGGACAUACUGCCAGUAACUACCGUUGAAAAGCCUGGCUGCAAACAGCUUCUAGCCACUCUCGACCCGCGAUAUGAAGUGCCCGGCCGCAAGUAUUUCUCAAACACAGCGCUUCAGGCAUGA